AUGGAAUUGGAUCAGUUCCCACUGGAGAUUCUUUGGAAACUACUGCUGGCAUGUCCUCUGGAAUUGAGACUGGUAAACAGAAAGUUUUAUCACUUACACAACGAAUUAUACAGGGAAAAAACAUUGCAGAUAGUGGAUACUGUCGAUGAGGAGGAAAGAUUUUGGAGUGAGUUGAAGAAUCCAAUUGCUUCCUAUAUCAAAAGUUUAGACUUUCUGCGAAAAGAUGCUAGAAUGAUUUACAGAACCUCAAAGGAUACGCAGGAAUUUAUCGAUGACUCAUGGUUUAUCAUUUACAGUGCACUGAGUUGUCCGUUGAAAUGUUGGAACAGUCCUGCAUUAUGUGAGAGGGAUUCCCUUGAUAUGCAGAAGCCCAUCUAUGCAGGCGAAUGUGUAGUGCCCGUUGAUUGCCACGAUGGGAUUAUUAGUACCAAGACUGGUCGCAGCAUACCUUUAAACGCAUGGUUUUUCAUCGAUAAACCAAUAGCAGCAUCCAAGGUCCCAGGGUUUGUCACUGAAAUUAGACAAUCGCAGUAUGGUGCUUACAAGAAAAGGAGCACCCAGGGAAACGUGGCAGAUUUUAUCAAGGAGAGAGGUGUAUACUGCUUUAACUUGGGGGAUCUACCAGACAUCUUCCUGAAUAAUCAAGAUCAUAAGAUAAAUGGCCAUUAUUUCUGCCCAUUUGAAAUACGGUUAGUAGAAGUGGGAAUGGCACCACCGACUUAUUUUGAAAAUUCUGAAAUUACAUUCUUAGGGUACGACUUUAACAGUUAUGGCUUCGGCAAACCGUGGAUAUUGUUUAAAUGUGAUCGAGAUUUUGAAGCGAGUAUCUUUAACCCUUUUGAAAGUUACCUAGCAGAGAGUCUUGCCAAAUUUACAGGUGCGUUUCCCUUCAGCCACAUCGAUUGGCCUUCACAGACGGCAGACACCGGAGAAGAAUCUAUUGAACCUUAUUUUGAUCCUAAUCAAAGAGCUAUGAGACACUUCGUGUACAGAUUUCCAAGAGCUCAGCAAGAUUGGAAUAAAGAACGGACCGUAGCCGAUUGGAGGGCUCCACAUCUUAUUCAAUAA